CACACUGGUCGAGUCGGGCAAAUAAUAAAAUAAAAGGCACGGGCCGCAGCAACAAUAAUAAAAAUAAAGGCAGGCGAUUCGAUAACCGAGCCCGAAAACAAGGGGCACAUAGUAUAAACAGCCACCAGAUUCAAACACACGUAGGUGGCGAGCAGGCAAACAAGGCGGCUGUGCGGGGAGGUGCGGAUAUCCAGAUCCUUCUAACCGAAGCGGAGCUGUGCUGUGUGUGGCCGUAGGCGUGCUUCUGCAGCUGAACCUGCACCUGUAUCCGUCGCAAUGGGCGCCUGUGUGUGUCGUAUGAACCCUGACAAUGAAACGAUGAGCGUCUCCUCGGCGAGUAUCUCGCGUCCGGCCAGUGCAGGCAUUGCCAUGGGCGCGGCGCGCAAAAACCGCCCGCUCUGCCACGAGACCAUCCGCUGGCGCUCGGACGUCCCGCUAACCGAGGGCCAGUUGCGUUCCAAGCGGGACGAGUUCUGGGACACGGCGCCGGCCUUUGAUGGACGCAAGGAGAUCUGGGAUGCAUUGCGGGCGGCUACCAACGCGGCCGAGGGUCUCGACUUCCAAAUGGCCCAGGCCAUUCUCGACGGGGCCAAUAUCUCUGUGCCGAAUGGCUACCUAACAGAGUGCUACGAUGAGCUGGGCACCCAGUACAAGGUGCCCAUCUACUGUCUGUCAUAUCCCAUCAAUAUCGUUAAGGAGGAGAACGGACGCGACUCCCCUGCCGAAUACUCUGAGCCAGUGGAUGGCGGUACCGAGAUAUUCCUAAAGCUGCGCAUAUCAUCUAGCAUGACUGAUGUUAAACUGCCGGUGUACUCCAAGGAUACGGUGGGUCAGUGCAAGAAGAAGCUGCAGGCCGCCGAGAAUGUGGACGCCUGCUGUCAGAGAUGGUUUUACAGCGGCAAACUGCUGGGUGAUAAGGUGCCCAUAGACGAGUGCAGCAUACACCAGGGAUACGUAGUGCAGGUGAUCGUGAACACCGAGCACUAUAACCACGAUAACAGCACGAGUACGGCGCACGCGCUUGCAAGCUAGCGUCGCAGGCAGCUCCAACUAGUCAACAGCAGCGGCAGGAACAGCAAGAAGCCGCGACAGCAGCAUCAGCAGCAACAACAACAAUCGGCCAAAGCGAACAGGGGCAUUUGCGCGAGGAGGAAUGCCACAUACUCAGUUCACAGCACAAGGAACCUUAGGGGGAAUGUACAGCACAAGCGGGAGCAACAGCAACAGUAUACUCAUUGCAUUUAUCAAAAUAAGCAACAAUUGCAAAUUGUUGUUCUGUCUGCCUUGUUGUUGUUGCUGUUGUUGUGGCUGCUCGCCUUGUUAUGCUUUGUGUAAUAUAUACCUAUACAUAAACGAAAUUAAACAAAUGAUAGAAAGUUGCUGAGUAAGAGGGAAAUCGGAAUGGGAAAUGAUUAUAAGAUACAUAAAUUAAAAACGUAAAUAUAUUUUUUUGAUAAUAAUUACCAUAAAUUCAACAGAUUUAAGAAGUCUACAAAACAUAUAAUUCAAAUAUAUAUGAAAUCAGCAGACAACCGCAAUCUGCUCGGGAAAUUCCCGAUUGAAAACCCAAAAGAAAUAUGUACAUUUUUAUAAAAAAAAGCAAAAUGAAGGGCAAAUCUAUUAACUAAUUGUAAGCAAGUGUUAAAACAUUUGCCUAAUGCUAAGAUGUAAUGUAAAAAUAAACAAGAACUGUAGUAUUCGGCCGCAAUAGAAAGCAUGUAACAAACCAUUUUUGAUACUGUACAAAAUGCCAAGCACAAUAAUUGUGAGAGAACCCAGAGAAUAUAACAAAUUGUUAAGCAAAUCACUUGCUCAAACGUAGUUAACAAUAUCGCGAGGCGGGGCGAUGGCGAGGUAGGGAGUUGAAGAAGAGUUAACCCAAGUACCUUAUACAUGUAUAUCAUUUAAUUUGCUUUUAGUGUUAAUCAUGCAAUCGUGUGGAAUCAAUGAAUAUUUAUUUAUCUGUCAAGCACAUGAAUAUAAGAAAAAGUUUUAAUUUAAUUCAGAAGAAACUAAUUAAAUUCAAGAAAUAACACAUAUACAACAAGAUUAGCAACCGGGCUUAUUUCAUUAGUGAAUAAAUCAGCAUUACAUUUGUAUUUGUUUUUAAAUCGUGUAAAGUGCGUUACAAUUCUAUUGGCCAUUUUUAUCGAUGGAAUAUCAGAUAGACGUAAUUAUGUCAACUUAAGAUAAGAAACUUGAAGUCGUUUUGUGUUUGUUUAAAUUAAUUGCGAAUAUAAAAGCACAAUGAAUGUAA